UCGUUUGAUCAGCAAAGGACCAGCGACUGAGAUGAAGCAACGUAUAAAGUGCGAAGAGGAUAUGAUGGGAAUGCUAUGUGAGUCAAUUGGAGAAUGGAAACUAACUUUUGCUGAGUUGGAGAAACGCGACAAAUCAGUCAUGAAUGAGGAAAAUGAAUGGAAAACGAGGUACGAGUGCCAGAGAGAGUACAACGAGGCUUUGGAGAAACAGAUAGCGGGAUUAAGAGAGAGUUUACUACAAGAAAAAGCAUCGCUCAAACGAUUAGCGGCUGGAGGAAAAUCAGAACUCGACACUGAAAGCAUGUCAGAAGCAGAAUUGAAAAAGUUACAACUCAAGCUAGCAAGGGAAAAAUACAAUCUUGAGAGUCAGCUUCGAGACUAUGAAUGGAGAAUGGACCAAGAGGCGAAAGCCUAUUACAGAGCAGAUGAGAAGCGCAAACUCUUAACAAUGGACAUUAAAAAAGCUAGACACGAUUCCAUUGAACAACAAGAGCAUGAAAACAAAACUAAGAUCGCAAGGGCAACUAAGAAAAUCCAAAAAGCGUCAAAUGAGAAACGUCAUUUGAGAGUAACAUCUGAAGAGGAUGGGAAAUGGUGCAGAAAACCCACUUGUGGAGGGAGUUAUGCGGCAGAAUCUGCGAGGAGAAAGAGAAUCAUCAGUAAACAAUCUUAUAUAAAGGGUAAAAAACUGACUCGUGACUAAGCAAUAUAUGACAAUGGUGUACAUAAAACACGAUAUAAUUUAUAAAUAAAUAACUUUAUUUUAUUGAUCAACAUAAUCAUAUGCUGAUGUACAUGCAAUUAUUCUACUACCAUUGAAAACAGCCCUUUUGACAGGAAAUGGACAUUGUUUGUAUUCUAAAAAAAUCGAACUUGUUUUCUAUAAGCAUGAGUGAUGCUAAAUCCAUGAUUAAUAGAGCAAAAAUUUAAAUUAUGUUCUGAUUAUAAAAAUAAAUAUAGAAAAAAGGUAACCCAU